AUGGCUCCUCCAAGUGUUCUGAUGGUGGGAACGGGAGAAUACACCACUGGUUUUGUGGACGGGCACGCAUCCGGUUCAGACAAGAAAGUUGGUGUUGUGGGCCUGACCCUUUUCGAUCUGCGCAGGAGAGGUAAAGUUGGUAAUUUGAGCAUGGUAGGAGUGUCCGGGUCCAAGUUUCCCGCUAUUAAACAACACCUCCAGAAAAACAUCUCCCAGGUUUAUAACAACCUAGAUGUCUCCUUUCAAUCAUUUCCAGCAGACGACCAAGUGGACCCAGAGGCCUACAAAACCGCCAUAGAUGCUCUACCCCAGGGUUCCGCAAUCACAAUCUUCACCCCCGACACCACCCAUUAUCCCAUCGCCUUGUACGCCAUCCAGCGCAAGAUCCACGUCUUGAUCACCAAGCCCGCUACAAAGCUGUUGAAAGACCAUCUCCACCUCCUCGACGAAUCGCGCAAGCACGGCGUCCUCGUCUUCGUCGAGCACCACAAACGCUUCGAUCCAGCUUACUCCGAUGCACGCGCCAAGGCACGCACCCUGGGCGAUUUCAACUACUUUUACAGCUACAUGAGCCAGCCCAAAAGUCAGCUCGAGACGUUCAAGACCUGGGCGGGCCGCGAUAGCGAUAUCUCCUAUUAUCUGAAUUCGCAUCAUGUGGAUAUCUGUGAGAGUAUGGUGCCGGAUUAUGCACCGGUGAAGGUGACCGCAAUGGCGUCGAAGGGUGUCGCGGUGGAGCUGGGUUGUGUGCCGGAGACGGAGGAUACGAUUACCUUAUUAGUGGAGUGGAGGAAGAAGGGCGAGCCGAGCAAGAUUGCUACGGGGGUCUAUACUGCCAGUUGGACGGCGCCACAAAAGGCUGGGGUUCAUUCGAAUCAGUAUUUCCAUUGGAUGGGCUCGAGAGGCGAAAUCCGAAUCGACCAAGCCAAGCGUGGCUAUGAUGUGACAGAUGAUAGCCAAGCUAACGUCGCCUGGAUAAACCCGUUUUACAUGCGCUAUGCCCCUGAUGAAAAAGGCAACUUCGGCGGUCAGACAGGCUACGGCUAUAUCAGCUUUGAGAAGUUUGUUGAUGCCGUAAGCGCCUUGAACGACGGACGCGUGACGCUCGAAGAGCUGGAUAAUCGUGGAUUACCAACCAUUAAGAAUACGAUCGUCACCACUGCAAUUUUGGAGGCAGGGAGAGUCUCGCUAGAUGAGAAGAGGGCGGUUGAGAUCGAAAGAUUGGGGGAAUCUUGGCGAUUGAAAUAA